UAAGAGACAGCCUAUCGUUUCUUUCGUUGGUUAGAAAGAGAAAGCUGUUAAUGCUAAUCUGGAACGCUAUUACAAUGUCAGUCGAUUGUCAAAUUUUUCGAUAAAAAAUUACAGUCAAUCACAAAAUCGUAGAUAUUUAAUUGAAAUACCAUGAAAUACUUGAUUGUUUAAAUGUAAAAGUGGACUGCAGGAAUCAAAGAUGGAUUCAGAGAUAAUGGUGGAGACGUUGCCUUUGCUGGGGACUUGCAAUUUGUGUUUAAACGAAGGUGCUGUAAAGAGUAUGUUGAUUGGGCACAAGUACAAUGGGAAAUCAGAAGUUUACGCUGAAAUGUUGGAAAAAUGCUUUGCUAUUGAUGUAUCCCUUCUCCAACUCGGUGACACAAAACGUCUGAUCUGUGACAUCUGCAUCGUCAGGCUUCGGGACUGCAUGAUGUUCCGACAUCAAGUGGAAACCUCCUUCAAUACCUUGGAGACUGCUUAUAAGUUGCAUAAAGAUGACAAAAUAGAUAAUGACGGCAUCAAAAGAGAAAUAACAUUAAACGUGGACUUUGAUGAUGAUUUGCCAAAUGAUGAUAUUGACGAUGAUGAUGAACGUGAUCCAGAAAUAAAACCCGAAAUCAAGACAGAACCCGAAGAAUGUACUCGAAGGACUCGCAGCAGAACUGUCAAAAAAAUACCAACAAAAUGUACAGUAAAAAAACACCAUGAUCUCACAGAAACCGAGUCUAUGUUACAGACAGGACUUUUCCCUUUCAAAAUUAGGAAAAACCGGACCUUCUCAUGCUCAAUAUGUCCCGAAAAAUCCACAAAUUUGGACGACAUCAAGGUCCAUAUAGUCGACCAUAAUAAAACAAAUCUACACUUAGCCUUCAAAAAAAUGAUCUUUUCAAAUUCACAACGGUUUUACAAAUGUGGUACGAAAUUAAGAUGCAAAAUUUGCACCACAGAUGUCGCGAACUACGAAGAAUUGAGACAGCAUGUAGAAAAUUGUACUAGACUCAAAUUUUCUAGUCGCAAAUGGAAUAAUUUGCCUUUCAAACUUGAGAAAGACCAACUGGACUGUCCUGUUUGCAAAAAAACGUUUUUAAACUAUGUCAGUUUGAAUACUCAUAUGAAUGUUCACUACCCUAAUUAUAUUUGCGAAAAUUGUGGGAAAGCUUUCGCGUCUAAAGCUAGGCUCAGAGGUCAUAUGCGCACUCAUGAGGUCGGCACCUUUCCUUGUAGGUACUGCAACGCUACAUUCGAUAGGGUCACUAAAAGAGAGAAUCACGUUUCAAAAGAGCAUAAAUCGGGUAUAAGGUAUGCUUGCAAACGUUGUAAUAUCUCCCUAACUUCAUUUUACGCUCGUCAAAAACAUUUGGCAGAGGUACAUAAUGAGGAAUUAAAAAGAUAUAAAUGUAAAGCUUGUCCUCAGAGCUAUAUAACUCCUGGACAUUUAUCGAGUCACGUUAGAAGGGAUCAUUUAAACGAAAGGAACCAUAAAUGUGACCAAUGCGAUUUGGCGUUUUAUACGAAAAAUGCUCUUAAAAUGCACAUGAUAAGACAUGAUGGGGAGAGAAUACAUACGUGUCCUGUCUGUCAGAAGUCUUACCAAAGAAAGAAGACAUUAAGAGAGCAUUUGAGGAUCCAUAAUAAUGAUAAGAGGUUCGUUUGUCCUGUGUGUGGAAGGGCGUUUACUCAGAAAUGUACGCUAAAAGGCCAUUUGAAGGUCCAUGAUAGAAAGUCUGAUAUUGAUGAUCAGUGGCGAGGUAAGGCUCCGCUGUGAUUUGUGAGAAAAAGUAAUUUUGGUGUAUAGAAAUGUGAACCUUCUUUAUGAACGUAAUGGCGAAAUUGAUUUUUUUUGGGAGUUGGCAAAUGCAAUAAAAAGAGAUAUGAAGUCUCUGAAUGCUCGACAAGUUUUUGUAAGUUUCGGGGCUCCAAAAAUAGUGAAAUUUAGCUUCUAUAGUGUCUGAAAGUGACUUUUUUUAUUUAUUUAUUUUGAAGGAAUCAUAAAAAGAAAACAAAGUAAAAUUUUGCCCAACUGUAUUUACAGUUUAAUAACAAUGUGGUGAGCGAAACGUUUUGCUUCUUGUUAAAUGCAAAAAAAAACGUUAAUUUUAAAUAUUAUUUUUACAUUUGUUAAAUAUUGUUUUGUUUAAAAAUUUCAAUUUGCGCUAGAAACAUCACAAGAAUAGAAAUUGUUAUAAAUUCCAUUGAAAAGUAAGUUUUAAUGUACUAACGAAUAUACGCAAUAAAUACUUGUAUAUAAAAUAACUUUGACGCUAGAAUUACGCAAAAUAUACAAAUCUUAAAAAAGAAUUACAGGCCUUAAAACCUAGUACCUAUGCUCCAUUUGACAUAAAAAAAAUCAAAGUCACUUUUCGUAAUUUUGGCGCCAAGUUUAGGUUAUUAACUUUGUAAAUAUAAACGUAAUUUAUAAAAAUAGGUACUCUGUAAAUCCACGUAAAACGGGAUGUGAUUAUUAUUACUAUUUAAAAUAAAUAUUUACGUAAAUAAUCUUAUAAACUAAGUUAUUGAACAUUUUGUAAAAUAUGAAUAAGUAUGAUAAAUAUUAUUAUUUUAAAUGCCCGUAAGUGGACCUUCUCAGCUUAAAAAAUGUCUACAAAAUGUAGUCUAACUUAUUAAAAAUUAUUUAAAAGACAUCACUUAGAAACAUCAUUAACCUAUCUUAUCGUUUUUUUUUUAUCUGUGGUCGGCGCAGCAUGUUUUCUCCUUCCAUACUCUUCUAUCUGCCGUCAUCUCACAAGUAACAUUCUUUCUAGCCAUGUCGACUUUCACACAAUCCAUCCAUCGUUUAAAGAAACGACCCUUUUGGUCGUCCCCAUCCACUAACUAUAUCACGUAAAAAAAAUAUUUUUUUAAACUCUUUCCAUUACAUUUUAGGAAUUUGUAUUUUUCAUUAUUCAAUUAGGUGCCAUGAAAACUUUUUUUUAUAUCUUUUUCUAUCUACUAGCAUCCGCAAGGAAUUUCACUCGCACCUUGUGGGAACGAUUUCGCGUACCGCGAUAAUAAAUAGCCUUCCUAGGUAAACGAAACACGUCUUGUCUAAAUUAUUUGAAUUUCAUUCUAAAAGCUGCCAUAGUUAUCAAGGUCUAUAAUAUUCUUGUACUAUGAAUCACAAUACCGUAUGAAUGCAUCACAUUAUUGAACUAUUGUAAGUCUAAGUUAUAUGCUUCCCUUGAAAGACUUUUGUAAAAUAAUUUUCUCUUGUUAUAUCUCACAGUGAGAGAAAAGCCGACUUUUAAUUUUAUUACUAUAUUGUCGUCACUUUGUCAGAGUUGAUACGAUCAGCUUCAGAUUGGUUAACCCCAGCUUAGCUAGUGGCUCAAUUCUGCUAAUUUUACUUACGCGACAAACGAUUGAUAUCCAACUGAGAUUCAAUCACGACCCAAUUACGAUUGAAUCAUAUAGGGCACUCCACGUUUUUUUGUGUUAAGUAAAAGUUUUUAUCCUUUUCUGUGAUUCAAUAAUUAAUCAUAUUGUCUGCAAAUGAUUUACGAUUGUAGAGCAGACUACCUUACAAACCUUAUAAACCAAUGACAGUCCAAUGGAAUGUCAUUGGAAUACGAUUGGUCUCAUAUUAAUAGCAGAAUGCCCGCUAAAGUUAAAGCUGCUAUUGAGAUUCAAUUGGUAUCCAAUUGACACAUGAUUAAAUUAGCAGAAUUGAGCCUCUAGUGUAUUAAAAUAUACGUAAAAAAAACUUCAUUAUGUAUCACUUACAACUAUUGAUACAAGCUAAAUAUAUUAUUUUUUGACUCAGGUAGGCUUCUGAAAAGUGGUUGAAAGUCGGUGGUUUUUAGAUAAUAAGGUUGUAAAAAUAAUGUGCAAUAAGAAAGUCGUCCUAAAGUUGUAUAAAGUUAUUGA